UCGGAUAAGAUGCCCUGGGUACGGUGGAACAUUGUCCCGGCUACUGUUAAGGGAAAGUCAGCGCAACAUUGGCGCGGUGAGUCCUCCACAGCUCAAACCACUUCGGAUUGUCGCCUCCGACACAAACAGGCGUAAGGGGUCGCCGUGGUCAAGAGGAUGUCGGAAUCAACAGGGAGGAACACCGUCGGAAUGCUCUCCGGAUCUCAACUCCCCCCAUCAAGCGGCGAUCGCCCCCGCUGCCGAGGAUGCGACCACCCGCGACCGGCGUACACGGGCGGCUACACGACCGUCCGGUCCCGCCUGAGCACCAUGCUCGCCAACGCAGAGCACGCCGGGUGUGACGUGUGCGCGAUCCUGUCAGAGGGCAUCCUCAAGUUCCUCGGGAGCGAGUGGAGCCCGCUCAGGAGAGAGGAUGCGGACGAGCUGCUCGUCGAUUUCAACCUGGCUGGCUCGAGGCGGAGCGUCGAGGUUACCUUUCUCCAGACGUCGGUCAAGUUGUCGUUUUUUGCCUCUGAGAUCACCCCCUGGCUAGCCGAGAACAUGCCGGACCUGCCUCUAGGAAACGACGUCCCCUCGGCCACUUGGUCGGAUGAGAGCACCGCCUGGGCCGUCCAGCAGCUGGAGCACUGCAAGCGGACGCACGAGUCCUGCAACAGCUUCCCUCCGGCGCCGUUGCCCAGCCGGGUGCUCGACGUGUUGGCGCAUGGCGGCGAGGGCGUGCGUCUGUAUGUGUCCCAGGGCGAGACGGCUCCCUACGCGGCCCUGAGCCACUGCUGGGGCCGCAAGCCGUUUCUGCGCACCAUGUCGGGCAGCCUCGAGGAGCACAGGAACGAGAUCGCGUGGGCGCGGCUGCCCCGGACCUUCCGGGACGCCGUCGAGUUUGUGCGCAAGCUGGGGAUCCGCUACCUCUGGAUCGACAGCCUGUGCAUCGUCCAGGACGACCUCGACGACUGGCGCCGCGAGGCCUCCCGCAUGGCCUCGGUCUACCAGAACGCCGCCUUCGUCGUCUCGGCGGCCAAGGCGGCGGGGGCCUACGGCGGCCUGUACGCCGAGCUUCCGCCCACCCACCGGCCCCUCACAGUCCGGUUCAAGUCAGGGGGCCCGCAGGAGCGGGAACGACAACGGGAACAGGAGGAGCAGCAGGAGCAGCAAAGGGAGGAGGAGGUGGUCGUCCACGUCCGCCGCGUCCUCUCGCACCCCCACCGCGUCCCCUCGCCGUACAACGCGCCCAUCCCGCCCCUCCCCAUCUUCACCCGCGCCUGGAUCAUGCAGGAGCGCUUCCUGUGCCCGCGGAUCCUGCACUUUGGGCCCGAGGAGCUCUCGUUUGAGUGCCUCGAGUCCACCGCGUGCCAGUGCACCGCCCCUGUGCCCUCCCGGGACGACGACCAAGAACAGCAGCAGCAACAGCCACGACCACCCCCCUGGUACUACCGGCACCUGGUGGACCGCGUGGCGCGCCCCAAGCACUACUACUCGCUCCGGCACUGGCAGUCGCCCGACACGUCCGCCGACGACCUCGAGGCGUGCUGGCGCCGCCUGGUCGAGGACUACUCGCGCCUGCGCCUCAGCCACGACCGCGACGCCUUCCCGGCCGUCUCGGGGCUCGCGCGCCAGAUGCAGAGCGUCCGCGGACCCGGACCCGGAUCCGGAUCCCCCGCCGCCCGCUACGUCGCCGGCCUGUGGACCGACACACUCCUGCGUGGCGACCUGGCCUGGUCGGUGCACCUGCCGCCCCUAAUACCGCCCCGGAAAGAUGCAGACCCGCCGCAGGCGGGCCACGACAACGACAACAACGACAACGGAAACGACAACAACAACCACGACGACGACGACGACGACUACUGGGCGGGGGUGUCGUGGGGUCCGGCGCGGGUGUGUCGGCCGCGCGGGUGGCGGGCGCCGUCGUGGUCGUGGGCGAGCGUGAGGGCGCCGGUGCGGUUCGCGGACGGGCACGGGCACGGGCACGGGCACGGGCGGGUCGAGGCGGCGGGGUGGUGCGAGAUGGUCGAGGUCCGGUGCGAGCCGGCCGGGGCGGACCCGAUGGGGGAGCUGCGCGAGGGCGGCAGCUGGCUGGUCCUGCGCGGGCGUCUCGUCCGGACGGGGAUGCGGUUCCGCGGUGGCGGCGCCGCCGCCGAGAACGGAGAGCUGGGGCGGCGGCUGCAGCAGCAGCAGCAGCAGCAGCAGCAGCCCUGGGACGUGAUGACGCUGGACAUCCUCGCCGAGGGCGGGUAUCUGGCCAACGUGACGUUGGACGACGACUGCCGGGGCCUGGUGGCGGCGGACGGGGCGCUUCCGCCCGUCUAUCUCUUGCUCAUUGGACGCGGGAAGCCCGGGAGUGCUUGGUUCUUUUUGUUGCUGGCCCGGGUUCCGGAGGAGGAGGAGGCGGAGGAUGGGUACUCCGAGGUCAGGGGUCGAGCGGCGGCAGGAGACGGGCACGUGUACCGCCGUUUGGGUCUCGUGGAGGUGUCUGGCGGGCCCCCGAGUCUCGGGCAGGACAAGGGGGUGGACAGCCUGCUUGGGAGAGGGGAGGAUGCCGUCGUGACCAUCGUCUAAGAGAGUCGCUCUGUUUACUUGUCAUGUUCCCCAUUCAUAAUAACACCAAGUGAAUGUCGCCGUGGCCUCUGACGUACUUUUCAUUCAAUGCUUGUCGGAACCCAAAACGGAGAAUCGGCUCCCGUUAGGGAACCAUGGUUAGGAUAGUAGGUUAUAAGGGCACUCUGGC